AUGGAUGCCUUCACUGAGGACGAGAAGCGCUUUGUGCUCGCAGAAUACAUCAAGGCCAGCCAGGUUGAGACUGGUCAGCUUGUCGAGUUUAUCAAAACGUACAACCUGCAAGCUGACUGGUUUGCAAUGCAACUACCUGGAGGUCGAAACAUGCACCAGUGCAUGCGCGCGGCAUCGCAACUGCUGGAUAGAGAAUUACAACUACCCAGUCUGCCAAAUCUGAAGAGAAAGUCUGUGAGCGACUUCAGCGAACACGUACCCAAACGAGUGGCUUCAAUGACUCCCAUACAAUAUCAACCGCGACAGCCUCCUCCCCUUCCUCAGCCGCAGCCUCCAGCUCAGACUCAGCCGCAGUUGCCCCAGCUUCACCAGCCCGUCGCAACCUCGCGCGCUAUUCAGCCGCGACCUUCCUCGGAUCCCAAACAGCCGGCAGUGGAGGGAUACGGUGUUUUUCAGUCUAAAUCUCCUUCUAAUGGCUACGGUGUCUUUCAGUCGAAUCCCACCGUGCGGAAGCGAGGCAGACCCUCCAAGGCGGAGAAAGAAGCGCAAGCCCGAGCAAAUUCCGUUAAUUACCCGACGAGCACGCCAGUUCCCAUCAGCCCGAAGCCAGCAAUAUCGCCAGCUACAGGCACACCAGUCGCUGGUCAUGCAAGUUCGAGGACAGCAUAUCACACUGCCACGCGGCCCGCAGAUUCGAGGUCUACAGGUGGAGGAAGCAUCGGGGCUGCUGGAGAGAUGGCACGCGUCCUUCCCAGACCCUACAUAGAACAAGCGAAAUCGGAGAAAUCACCGUCAAUCGGCAACCUUGUCACCCCAGACCCGACGAGAGAGCCACACGAUGGGCCUUCCACAUCCGUGGUGGGACCUGCAGUACGCGACCCGCCGCCAGUGACGAACUCAGCAUAG